CUGCAGAAUGAAGACAAUGAUGCAAUUGCAAAAGAAUCUAGGAUUGUUGGUUGUCUUCCACCACAUCCAUUCACUCCUCAAAAAUCUAAGCAUAAAAAAGGUGUUAUAACUACACAUGUAAUAAGUGAUCCAGAAAGUUCCCCUAUUCGUCCUAUUUGA